AUGGAUAAUUAUGAAUAAGUUUUAUUUCUUAAUCCAACUCAAUUAUAGUCUGUACAAAGCUAAUUCGAGAAUAUCAAUAAACAAGUCAUUCAGCUCUAUGAAAAAAAAAAAUAUAAAAAAGUUUACACGUUAUUAUCCAAAUUUUUAGAUCGUUACGAUCAUACCAAUUAGAUUCAUUUAAAUGAUAGAAUUCAUUUUUUAAAUAUACUGCUAAUGGCCUUAAAUAAAAUAUUUAAGAAAUCCAUACUCAAAGAUAUGUCCAGAAAAAACCUAAUUGACAUUAAAGUCUGGAAAUAGAAACUUACUAAAUACAAAGAAAUCUAUCCUAUUCUCAUAUCCAAAAUUAAUUCAAAUUUAGAAUUGGCUACUGCAGAUCCUAAACAAAGAAUUAGAGAACAAUUAAGAAAUUCCAUUUUUAAGGAUUAAUUAGAAUAAUAAAUUUAAAUUAUAAAUACCAGUGGAUAACUAAAGUUAGAUUAAAUUACAGUUCCUUUCAUAUUAACCAAAGAAUUUGAAAUUUAUUUGAAAAACGUAAUGAUCGCAUAUAGAUUGUAAAGUUAUUAUGCCGAGAUAAAGCCUAAUGAGAAGUUAAAAUUUGCUAUUUUAUCCUAUGAUAUUACCAAAAUAAUACUUUAAAGUAAAGGUAGAAGAGUCUCUAAAUUAUGUUAAUAUAUUUUAUCGGCUACAAAUUUAUUUAAUAGAUAUUUUGAAUCAAAGGAUGAUUAAUGUUCUCAAUUAAUUGAAGAAAUAAAUAAUUCAGAAGCUUUAAGAUAUUUGAUAUUUUUAGUAUAAUAAGUUGAAGCUCAUGGUGAUUUCAAAAGUAAGCUUAAAUGCAAAUGGAAAUUUACAAAAUUGUUAAAACCUCUGAUUUGGUUUUGGAUCUAAUCGAUAUAUUAUUAUCAAUCAAAAUUUAAGUUUGAAAGAUGUUAAGAAAUAAUGGGUGUCCUGAAAUGGCUAGUUUAUCAUUAUUUAACCUCAACUGAUGAACUAUCGAUAUAUGUAUAAAACAUAUCUGCAAUUACAUAUGCAAAAAACAAAGAAAACAUUAUAUUCAAUCAAAUUUUAGAAAAUUGGACUGCCUAGAAUCAAAAAAUUAUUUGA